AUGGUCCCUCACAAAGACGAUGAUACAAAAGAGCGGACGGCUUUUGGAGAGUUCGACACGGUAGAGGAUAUCGGAAGAGUUUCCACGAUUGAGGUUAACAAGUUUUAUGGGCUGACAUUGUCUGUCGUCCUCAUUUACCUGGCCCUCGUCCUCGUUAAUUUCGCAGGCAUGAUAACAGUCGUGUCUUCGGGAUUGGUCGGAACGUAUAUGGCUGAAGACAUUGGGGACCCGGCAAAAGCGCAAUGGCUAAUACCUCAGACCAAUACAAUUAUAACCUUGGCUUUCGUCAAGCCCAUUUCUCAGAUCGCAGACUACUGGGGCCGCAAAGGACCAUUGGUCAUCGCCUCUGUUGUUACCUGCGUCGGGAGUAUCAUAGUCUCCCGGGCGACCAACAUGAGCAUGGCCAUCGCGGGAAAUGUGUUCGCCAGCACCGCCAACGCGGUCUCGCCGUUGGUAUUUGCCGUCGCCGCCGAAAUCGUGCCCAGACGCUACCGCUCGCUUGCACAAGGCGGCAUGACCGGGAUGCAAUCUUCGGCGGGUCUUGUGGCCUUGCUCGGCGGCACGAGCCUGUGCAAGAACUACGUCGAGGGCUGGCGCAUCCUGUGGUACUUCAUCGCCGGCGUGGGCGCGCCCACGGCUGUCAUCGCGUUCCUCUGCUACAACCCUCCCCCGAGGCAGCUGCAGACCGCCCUUAGUCUGAACGAAAAGCUCCGUUGCUUGGACUGGUUAGGCAUCUGCGCUGUGCCGAUCGGUCUCACGCUCGUCGUCGUCGGGUUGACAUGGUCUCAAAACCCGUAUGGUUGGAAUGAUGCACACAUCCUGGCCCCCUUCAUCCUUGGUAUGGCGAUCCUGGUGUUUAUCAUUUUCUACGAUGUCAAGAUCAAGAAGCACGGCUUGUUCCAUCACGAGCUCUUUAGGAAGAGUCGAAACUUCCCGCUGGCUUUGGUCCACAUCUUCGUCGAGGGUUCUGUUUUCUUCACGGCCAACACCUUCUUCACGACCGAAAUCGCGAUUCUCUUCACAACAGAUCCGCUGCAGACCGGCCUGCGCUUCUCGAUGACCUUCUUCGCCGCUUUUGUAGCAAGUUUCGUCGCGGGAUGGUACAUCUCCUGGCAAAAGGCGCUGCGAGGCGCUAUGCUUCUGGGCUUCAUGUGCUUCACAGCCUUUUAUGGUGCGAUGAUAGGGGUCGACGAGGGAAGUUCGAAAGAGAUGUGGGGCCUGGCCGUCAUCCUUGGAUGGGGCCUCGGUACUGUGCUGACGUCCCUGGUCACUGCUGCGCAGUUCGGCACGCCUCCUGAGCUGAUUUCACUCAGUGUGAGUGCGUUGCUCUGUGUGCGGACCUUCGGUGCAUCGAUCUCGCUCCCCAUCAACAACGCCAUCUUCAACUCACAGAUCCAGAAACACCUCGGCCCUGGCAUCCCCGCUGCCGUGUUGCCCCUGGGCCUCUCCCCGGAUGUCCUAGGCCGAUUCAUCGAAGCACUGAGUGCGAACAAACAGGCUGCUCUUGCCGGAAUACCCGGCGUGACACCAGAAAUCAUUCAAGCUGGCGUUCACGCACUUCAAGCAGCCUACGUCUCGUCUUUUCGCAUCAUGUGGAUCAUGCCCCUGGUGCUGUCCGUCUUGGCUCUUUCAUCACUGUAA